AUGUCAUUAGUAACGAGCCAACAACAAGGAAUCAUUGAUGUCGCCAUCGAAUCAUAUAUUAAUACUCACGACGUUGUCGCUCAUCUGUACUUGAAGUUUCGUCAGAGCGUCCUUGAAGUCGCCAAUGUUGUUGCCAAAGAGAAGCUAGAGAGCGGUGAAAUCUCAGAAGAAACAAAAAAAAGGCUACAACAGCUCAACUUUGAAAGUGAAAAGUUCAAAAUAUCCUACCCAUCAUAUGUGGAGAGACUACUAAAAAGAGUGGAGUUCGAAAAGAGUAACACACCGCAGUACCUCAAAGAGCUCGAGAAGGACUAUGUUGCGCUAUCAGAAAAGAACAUGAAUCUUAAGGCAACUCUCAAAACACUCAAAGACACUCAUGCGCCUAUCGUAGACAAAAUGUCUACUAUGGUCCGCAAGUUUGAGCAUCUGUUCGCCAGUGGGAGAGGGCAACACUGGAAGACAAAUUUUAGAAGCAGCAGCACCAUUGGUUUCAGAGACCAAAAGCCCAACGCAAAUAGUACGCUUAUUGACUAUGAACUGACUGUGUUUGAGAGGAAAGAACUUGAACAGUCGUUGCAGGAGUUGGAUAUCGAGCUCCGAAAGCUCAAGACGGUGGACGCAAUAGAUGGCACCGAGGGCGGAGAGAAGAUCGUGGACAAGAGGCUGCACUCAAUUGAUACACUAAAGCACUUGUACGAUCUCUUAUUGCAUUCUCGAGCAUGCCGCCGAAUCGAUACCCGAGUGUCAUUUGAUCUAAGUCGCUCUCCUUACAUCCCUAAAGACGCAGAGUUCAUGAUAGUGGACGAAUACGAACAGACUAUCCAGUCCUUGGCGGAAGACAUCAAGGGUCUUGUGGCCAGAGGUGCCGGAGCCAAAGAAAGAUGGUUAGCAAACGCAAAAAGGUUGCAGGCUAUCGAAGAUGUCUUGCGCAAUUUCGAUGAGCCCAUGGAAGUGGACUAA